GUUACACAAAAUAGAUAUUUGAUACGAAAAAGUUAACUCUCAUUCAUAGUUUUUAUUCUAAAAGUAUGUUUUCUCUACCAAGAAAUGCAUUAUCAUUUGCGCUUCACACAUCGGAACACGAAGCUCAAUGCCGUCAACGCGAUUAGCCGUACAGAAUCACCUGUUUUCUGUUUAUAUGUAAAGUGUCGCGUAAUAUUAUUGAGCAGAGAUUCUGAGAUAUCAGUUGCGUUUUCUAAGAAAAGACAAUGAUUUUCAAGCGAUUGCUCUUUCUGUCGGCACGGAAAGGCUUUCCUUCGACAGUUCAGUACGUGCAGGGUCAAUCGCCGGCGCCAAAACUUCGGGAGUAUUUCUAUUACAUCGAUCACGAAGGAAUGCUAUUCCUGGACGACGCUCGGAUAAAGAACUUCACCUCGUGCUUCAAGGAGAAAAAAUUUCUAGAGUUCUUUUUCAAACGCAUCCGACUGAACAACGGCGAUCGGUACCGCGAGGACUUCCCUUUUGUUUCGUUAUGUGGACGUGAACGAAACUACAUUCGCUGCGACGACGUUCCAAUAGUUUUCACGGAUAUUUAUAAAGACUCCGAGGGUAUCGAACGACUCGCGUACGCACACGCUGGAGACCUUUUGAGCGUGCCCUGGGAACCCAAUCGGAUCUGUAUGUUUCCCACGAGUGGACGUGUCUACCACCCAGCCCCCGAGCAAUACGGUUCAAUUGGGCUUAUUAGAUCCAGACUGGCUAUCGAGUUGAGUAAAAACUUCACAUUUCUCAACGGCGAGGAACGGCCCCCAACCCAUUUUACCUGGAACUCCAUCGAAAAUGAGCUGGAUAAAGGCUGGUGGAAAAGUACUUACAUAAGUACGAGACGGGAUAGCUUGGAGUGAUAUUCACGUUGUUGUAUUUACAUUUUUAAAUCACAGUUCCUAGUUUAUGUUCGCCUGGUUAACAUAUGAUUGAUAAUCAAA